CGAUAUACAAAAAUCCUCUUGUCUUAUACAAAUCUUUCUAAUAAUAUUCGUAAAACUAAAGAUUCAAGGCUUAAAGAUCUAAUUAGUUUACUAGAUACACUCUGUCUUUCUAAUGCAAUAAAUAUUAAUAAAUUUCUUAAUUUUAAUGGUAAAGACAUUGUUUAUAAAGUCUCUCCAAAUGUUCAACUCAUUAAGGAGCUGGUCUACGUGUUCAAAAAUGAUGAAGGCAUCGAA